AUGGCAACUUACACGACGCCCGGAGCCAUUGAGCUGCCUGCGCUGGGCAUGAACCUCCACUUCCACCCGUCCAACUAUGUCCUGGCCGCCGGGUGUGUCGACGGAGCGCUCAACAUGUACUCGCUGAGUGAGACGGCCGAGGCCAAGCUGAUGUACACUGUGCCGUACAGCGAUGGCAGCAGCAGUAGUGCUGUUGGGCAAAAGGCUGGUUCGACUUUUUCGGCUAUUUCGGCUCGGGCCAUCAAAUCGUUGCGGGCAGCCGCGUUUUCACCCUCGGGCAAUGCGAUUUUUCUGGGCCAUGCAUCGGGCACCCUCAAGGCGGUGGAUGUGGAGACGGGCAAGGGUGUGUGGACCAUUCCCAACGCGACUCAGCCAUCGUUGGCGCGUCGGUGGAGAAAGGCUGCGGGCGCUGCGGCAGAGACAGCGAGGGCGUUGGCGAGCGACUCGGCGGCGGCGGCGGCGUUGGCGGCAGAGGCUGCGCGCGGGCCAGACGAGUCGGUGGCAGGCGCGCUGGCAGCGAUUCGGCGGUCGGGCAAGAAGGGCGGGAAGAAGAAGAAGGGCGGGAUGGCGUCGCGCGGUUUCGACUUUUACCUCGGCGGCGAGGGACAGGACGGCGGCGAGGAGGAUGACGACGAGUUUGGUGGCGACGUGGCGACGCCGAUCAACGCGCUGCUUGCGCUGGGCGAGUUUGGGCUGGCUUCGGGUGACGACACAGGAACGAUCCGGAUCUGGGACGUCCGUGCGCCCAACUAUGUGCGGACGUCUGAUAUGCACGAGGACUAUGUGACCUCGUUUACGUCGCUCAACGACGGGUCGAUGCUGAUCUCGUCAGGCGGCGACGGGCGGAUCGGGGCGUUUGACCUUGCGGGCAACCGGCCGCUCUCGCAGUCUGAGCCGCUCGACGACGAGAUUGUGAGCGUGACAGCGCUGGCGGACGGGUCCAAGGUUGUGGCCGGGGUGCAGACCGGUGAGCUCCAUGUGUUUGAGGCCGGUUACCUCGGGGCGCCGCUCGACGAGUACGCCGCGCUCGGCUCGAUCGAGGCCAUGGUCAAGAUCUCCGAGGGUGGGGUGGCGCUGGCGGCCGCUGAUGGCUCGGUCCGUGUCUUCUCGGUCCAUCCCAACAAGCUCGUCGACGUGGUCUCGGAGCACGACGUUGAGGUCUCGGCCAUGGCGGUCUCGGGCGAUGGCCUCCUCUUGGCGUCGACUGGUCACGACACGGUCAUCCGCUUCACCAACCUCACCACCGUCCACGACAAGAUCUUCCAGGCCCACUCGCAUGAGCGGAUGCCGCGUCGGAAUGUGGUUCUGCAGUCGACCUCCGAGAAGCCCAACUCGUUCUUUGACGAUCUCUAA